GGCUCCCCCUGUCGACCUCUACCUCGCUGGCGGCAUGAGCAGCGCGCUACCGCCGCCGCCAAAUUACCAAGAGCAAGAAGGAGAUUCUCGCGAGGACAAGAAGAGGAGAUUACAUCAAGGCGGCCACGCUCGAGAAUCAACUAGCAGACAACCAGAUGAAGAUCUCGAAAACAUGUUCUCCUCGUUAACGAUUGACAACAUCCUCUCUCAAGGAACUUCAGGAGAUUGUUGCGAGAAUAGGAAGAGAAAAUCAUGCCAAGGAUCCGUUGGAGAUUCAACUAACCCAUCACCCGAUGAUAUAUUGGAAAACAUGUUCUCAGCGCUUGCGAUCCAAGAUUCCACAUUUAAUAGUUCUGUUUCUAGUCGACCGAGGGAAAAGAGCUCUAUUCUUCUAUUCCGGGAGAACAAUAUUUUCUCCGGGGAAAAUUCAGGUCGCGCCACUACCAUUGAGUGCAAUGAUCCAGAUUCUAGGAGUUUGAGAUCAGACAAAUUCAUUGAUAGAGUAAAUGACCGGCUGCUGCGCCAUGCCGGAACCGGGGUUAAAGCUUUUGAGGUUCAUUUUGAUCUGAACUCCGCCCAUGCUCAACACCUUGACAAAUGGGUCCAGUUUGCGUCAAAGUCAGAUGCAAAACUUGUGAGACUUCACUUGUGUAAAAAUGGAACACCUUGUUCUGGGCAUUCUGUGACUACAAGUCGUUAUUACUUCCCUUUGCAUUGUUUCGGCGAUGGACAAGGAUCCACUUUGUGGAAGCUAUCCCUGACGAACUGCAUACUCCGACCAUCGAUGCAUUCCAGUACCGUUUUCUCUCUCAAAAGCCUUGAUCUAAUGUGUGUCACAAUAGUUGAUUCUGAUAUCCAAAACAUUUUCUCUUGCUGCCCUGUUCUCCGCUAUUUGAGAUUGGGAAGGUGCCAUGACUUGGUUAAUAUAAGGAUUUCCGUUGAAACACUCACACAAUUGGAUAUAUAUAAUUGCAACAAGUUGGUGAGUAUUGAGAUUAAUUCCACCAGCCUAGCCUUCUUUGGCUAUGAUGGACAUGAGGUGCACAUCAAAUAUGCGAGUACACCCAAUAUGAGGACAAUAGUAACAAAGUUCCGGAACAAAAAUUGUUCUCUUUCGGAGCAUUUAAACGGCAUGAAAAGGAUCAAGAGCGUCACCUUGACAUUUCUUUCACCAUGUGAGGAGCACGGUUUCAUUAUGUACGCGAAGAAAUUCUCUGUAUUAAAGUUGAUCAACUUGUUUAUUUUGCCAUCUUGGAAUAAUGUUCUUGCAGUAGCUUAUCUCCUUGAAGCAACUCCUUGUCUUAGAAGACUGCAUCUAGAAGCAUGCAGCGGACAACACCAUUAUGUGGACAACGACCAAGUUAGUUGGCCCAUGGGUUUUCUCUUAAGAAGCUCCGUGUAA